AUGGCUCCUAAGAGGCAAGUUAUUACAAUUGAGCAGAAAAAAGCUUCCAUCCUCAAAUUCUUCCAGGAUGAUUUCGCAUUCUAUAGCAUGAAAGAUUUGGAGAAACUGAUACCAAAGAAGUGUGCUGGCGUAUCUCCAGUAAUUGUUAAAGAGCUAGUUACUGCAAUGAUUGAAGAAGAUGGUGUUAUUUCCUGUGAAAAAUGCGGCCAAAUUAACGUGUACUGGUGCUUUAAAAAUCAAGUUGUUAACAAGAUUUAUAAUGCCGCUGAACAUCUCAAAGCAGAUAAAUUAAAAAUUCAGGGGGAGAUCUAUUCAACGAAUGAUAUCUUAAAUAUUACUAUUGCUACUACAAGACAGGAAGAAUUUGAAGUGGAUGGAGAAAACUUUAACAGAAACAGACUCCUAGAAUCGAAAAGAUUAUUAGAAAAAGCGAUAAUACAAAAACAAAGAAAGUUAGAGGAUUUGGAGGAUAUAAGAUGGGAUUCACAUAAAAUCAUUGAUAAAAAAAGGGAGAUAAAUAGUCUCAUCUCAAUGAUUGAUAUAGCAACAGAUAAUAUGGAACUCCUCGUUGUGUAUUUAUCCAAAAGAAGUUGUUUAGAGUCUUCUCAGAUAAGACAGGAGCUUUCCAUCCCCAGUGAGUUUCAACAGUAUGAAAUGAUAGCAUUGUAA